AUGGCAUCGACAAGCUUCUGGGAAAAUGUACCUUCGGUCCCACCAGAUGCGAUCUUCGCUCUAUCAUUGGAAGCCAAGAAAGCGCCUGAACCAAAGGCGGAUCUUAUCGUUGGCGCAUACCGUGAUGCUGAUGGACGCCCCUAUCCACUUAAGGUGGUUGAGAAGGCAGAGCACCGUCUUGUGACGGAAAUUUGCCCAAACAAAGAGUAUCUGCCAAUGAAGGGAUUCGCUCCAUUCAUUGAGGAAGCGCUGAAGCUCGCCUACGGUGAUUGCGUGCCGCGUUCCCGCAUUGCAGCUGCACAGGGGUUGAGUGGAACUGGUUCACUGAGCAUGGGCGCACACCUUAUUGCAAAGGUUCUCUCGCGUGAAACACCAGUGUACAUCUCUGACCCAACAUGGCCUAACCAUUACGCUGUGAUGGAAGCUGCCGGACUGUCCAACACCCGCAAGUACCGCUACUACAACCCCGCAACACGCAGUCUUGACUUUGAAGGCCUCAUCGCUGAUAUCAGCAAUGCUCCUGAGCGCAGUGUGAUCAUUCUGCACGCCUGUGCACACAACCCCACGGGUGUGGAUCCCACGAAGGAGCAGUGGGCGAAGAUUGCAGAGGUGGUCAAGCAGCGCAACCUCAUCGCCUUCUUUGACUGUGCAUACCAAGGAUACGCUACAGGAAGUCUUGACAACGAUGCGUACGCCAUCAGGCUGUUUGUGCGCGAGGGCUUGGAGAUUAUGCUCGCACAGUCCUUCUCGAAGAAUAUGGGUCUCUACUCGGAGCGUGUGGGCGUGUGCUCUCUUGUUUUGGCAAAGGAAGAGAAGGCACCAGCACUGGAGGCGCAGCUGGAGAGUAUUGCCCGUGCCAUGUACUCCACACCGCCGGCUCACGGGGCACGUCUGGCCCAUCUUGUUAUGAGCAACCCAGAGCUCCGCCGUGAGUGGGAGGAGGAACUGCAAUUAAUGGCAAACCGUGUGCAAGAAAUGCGUCAGGCUGUCUUUGAUGGUCUUAAGAAGCGUGGUACACCCGGUACAUGGGAUCACGUUAUUUCGCAGCUUGGUAUGUUCUCUUACCUUGGUCUCACAAGGGCACAGUGUGAGAAGUUGAUUGAAAAGCGAGUGUUUGUUCUGCCCUCUGGUCGUGCAAACAUGGCUGGUUUGACAACGAAGACAGUGGAACUUCUCGUUGACGCCAUUGAUGAAGUGGUACGAGCAGAACCAUCUCAGUGA